AUGACCGACAAAUACCCGCAGGGAGGAAACCUUUUUGACAUGGCCAAGGAGGGCACCAAAGUCCCCGAAGACGCCGCCAAGCCGAAUUACAUCCCCUCGGUGCCCCGGCCGGAUCAGAAAGGCGACGCGGACUCGACAGCAGGCGGGCUCGGCGCGUCAACGCUGCACCAGGCGGCCGACAAUGCCCUGGGCGGCUCAGGACUGGGCGAGGUGGUGAGCGCGGGCGGCGGGCAGCUGCCUGACGACGUGGGCGGCAAGUACAGCCGCAGCGGCGGCAAGCAGCGCGGCGAGCAGCAGAGCACGCCGCAUGGUGGGCGGAACCAGCCGUCACAUGGCUGA